AUGCAAGAUGCUGACGUGGGAGAAGAAGCAGCAGCUGAAAAGUCAGAGGAGACUGUUACAGAGGCCAAGGCCAUAGAGAAAGACUUGUCAAGAAGAGGCACGAAGAGAAAGGGAUCGGAUUUGGAGCCUCUGUUUAAUGAGCAGCUUCCGAAGCCAACAGUAAUGGGCCUGGACGAACCAAUCCCGUUUGGCGACAGUGGUAACCCUAUCAUGGCUCAGGUGGCGUUUAUAUCUGGUGUGGCGGGGCCGCGAGUGGCGGCUGCUGCUGCUCAGGCUGCUCUGGCGGCGCUUGUGUUUGAAGACCCGUCUGCCCUGGCUGAGUUGCACCAGGCUGCAGCUGAGGAAGAGGCGAGGGCAGUGGCUGCAGAGCAAGAGGCAAAGGCAGUGGCAUCAGAGAAAGAGGCAAAAGCAGUGGCAGCAGAGCAAGAGGCUAAGGCAGUGGCUGCAGGGCAAGAGGCAAGAGCAGCAGCAGCAGGGAAUGAGGCGAUGGCAGGGGCAGGGGCAGGGGCAGGGGCAGGGGCAGGGGCACCAGCAGCAGCAGGAGAAGGAGAAGGAGGAGGAGGGGAAUCAGCAGCGAAGGGAGAGAAAGAGGGGAUUGCAGUGAGAGAGAAAGACAUGGGAGGAGCAGAUUCAGAGGCGGUUGCGGAUGGAGCAGCAGGAGGCGAUGCAGUGGUAGCAAGAGCAGGGGAGAAAGAGGGAGGAGCGGAGACAGGGAAAGCAGCAUUGGCGGAAGGAGGCAGUGCUGCUGCUGGUGGCGUUGCUGGUGAUACUGCUGUCGCUGCUGCUUCCGAGGGUGGUGAUGAGGAUAAGAAGGCUGCUGGGCGUGAAGGGGAUGGCGUGAAAGGGGAUCCUGCUGAAAGGGGUGAUGUUAAAGGGGAUGCUGCUAAAGGGGAUGCUGUUAAAGGGGAAGAGGGUGUGAAAGGGGAUGCCGAAGCUACUGAGGAUAAGGGACAGGUACCGAUGGAGAGGGACGGAGAGGAGCACGAGGGACAGAACGAGGAGGGGGGUGGGGUAGUGAGCAAGAAAGAGGGUGAUGGUGGGAUCGCUGGCUUGGAUGUUGACGGUGCGCUGCGCAUUCGAGCUGCUGCUGCCACGGCCAUGGCUGCUGCAGCGGUAAAGGCGCGGCUAAUGGCAGAGGAGGAGGAGCGGGAGAUGCGGCGGGUGAUGGCAGAGCUGGUGGCGAAACAGUGUUUGAAGCUGGAGAAGAAGAUGCUUCAAUUCGAGAGGCUGGAGCAGCUGAUGGCACGGGAGAGAGCGAGCAUAGACAGGCAGAGGGCAGCGCUGUUCGAAGAGAGAAUGAGGCUUGUCAGGGAAAGAGUUGCUAUUCGUGCCGCUGCUGCUGCUGGUGGUGCUGGUGCUGGUGCUGGUGCUGGUGGUGCUGGUGCUGGUGGUGUCAUCGGUGGUAUUGCUACUGAUGGUGCAGGUUAG